AUGCAAUACACAAGCAUCGCUCUUUCUCUUCUUGCCGCUUCCGGCGUCUACGCAGCCCCUUCUUACCCCUACGCCAAUACAACCACCAGUAGCUGGAUGGGUUCCAGCAACACGACUGCUGCCGCCACCAAUGGCACUGGGAGCACAAGUGGCAGUGGCAGUGGAAGUGGAAUCCACGUGACUUUGAGCAACAUCCAAGCCGAGAUUGGCGUGCAACUCACAUUCAAAGAAGGAGUACGAGACAUUCAACGAUCCCCCCUCCAAGGACCAUUCCAAACAUUCGAACUCUCAGUCGGCCCUGAAGUCCUCGACCAAGAUCUCCGCUGUCAAGCACUAGAUCUCGACGGCCACCCGCUCGUCGCCAUCCGGGGCGACAAUAUCGACACCACAUUCUCCGACGCAGGCAAUGGAGAAUGGACGUUCGCCGAAGUCAGCGAAGUCAGCGCUGUCAUCUGCGACCCAGCCUUUGUAGCCAUGCCCGACCCAGAUCUACUCGAAACCCGAUCCGAGUCUUUGGACUAG